CCGAACCCCAAUUGCCCACAAUCCAGUCGUGGCCUCUCCGCCUCCUCCACCCCUUUCCCAAUCCCCAGUCUCUCCGCUGCAACAGGAGAAAGCGCCGCCUCCUUGCUUCUCUCCUCCCAGACGCCACUUCCCCAAUCCCUCCUCCCUCCUAUAUUCGGGCAACCCACAACUUCGACGAUAACCCCAAACAGCCCCCAGUCGCCGCCAUUGUCGCGUCUGCAGUCCCUUCAUCGUUAACGAUUUCCUCGCCUUUCCGGCAUCCGCGCGCCAAAGCUUCGAGGCCUUGAUCGAAUCGAUUGCUGCGGGCGGGAGGCUGUUCAUCGAAAAGGAAUCGACUUUGCUCUUCCCCAGAAGUUUCUCAUGGUGCCCGCGUAAUCUGUGUGUAUGAUUGGACUGUUCUGUUGUUUGCCUGGUUAGGGUUUUGCGACUGCCCAAGGACUUGACUGGUGCUGUAUACUUGCUCUUAGUCAGAGUCUACUCUCUCAUUUCUCUGGGUUUCUCUGCAUUGUAAAAGAGCAGAAUAAGAAAGCUCUCGGCAAUAACAUCUAUAUAUAUCUUCUGGGUCGAAUCCCCCGUGUUCAAAUAAGAAAAGAGGAAGAAAAAAGAACAAUAAAAAGAAAACAUUGAACCGUGAAAAAAAACCCGAUUAAGUAAUGGCGACUCCUGGAUUAAGCAACCGGCCUAAUGGCCAGCAGCAGCAGCGGCGGUUUGGCAUCACGGAUCCGAUAUCCACGUCUGGUCCUACUGAGUUCGAUGUAGCGAAGACCCGCGAACUUGAGAAGUAUCUCCAAGAUGCAGGAUUGUAUGAGAGUAGGGAGGAAUCUGUUUCCAGAGAAGAAGUACUUGGACGGCUAGAUCAGAUUGUCAAGCAUUGGGUGAAAGUAAUUAGUCGCGCCAAAGGGUUGAAUGAGCAAUUGGUUCAAGAAGCAAAUGCAAAGAUAUUCACAUUUGGCUCUUACAGGCUAGGGGUCCAUGGCCCUGGUGCAGAUAUUGACACACUUUGUGUGGGACCUAGACAUGCUACUCGUGAGGAAGAUUUUUUUGGAGAAUUGCAGAAUAUGUUGUCCUCAAUGCCUGAAGUGACAGAGUUGCACCCUGUCCCCGAUGCUCAUGUUCCUGUUAUGAAAUUCAAAUUGAAAGGGGUUUCUAUAGACUUGCUCUAUGCAAAAUUGUCACUGUGGGUGAUUCCGGAAGAUCUUGAUGUUUCACAAGACUCGAUACUACAGAGUACAGAUGAACAGACUGUUCGCAGUCUUAACGGGUGCAGGGUUACUGACCAGAUCUUGCGACUGGUGCCAAAUAUUCAGGAAGUGCAGAACUUUCGAACAACCUUGCGCUGCAUGAGGUAUUGGGCGAAACGUCGUGGUGUAUAUUCAAAUGUUGCUGGGUUUCUUGGGGGUAUCAAUUGGGCUUUACUUGUUGCUCGUAUCUGCCAGUUGUACCCAAAUGCCCUUCCCAGUUAUCUAGUGUCUCGAUUCUUUAGAGUCUAUGAUGAAUGGCGUUGGCCAAACCCUGUCAUGCUUUGUGAUAUUGAGGAAGGGUCCCUUGGGCUUCAGGUUUGGGAUCCUAGAAGACACAAUAAAGAUAGGUUUCAUUUGAUGCCUAUAAUCACCCCUGCUUAUCCUUCCAUGAAUUCUAGCUACAAUGUCUCUUCAAGCACUCUACGGAUAAUGUCGGAAGAAUUUCAGAGGGGAAGGGAGAUAUGCGAGGCUAUGCAAGCUAACAAGGAAGACUGGGAGACUCUUUUUGAGCCAUUUUCUUUCUUUGAUGCCUACAAGAACUACCUACAGAUAGAUAUAAGUUCUGGAAAUGAAGAUGACUUGCGAAACUGGAAAGGUUGGGUUGAAUCUCGUCUUCGUAUCCUAAUCCUGAAGAUUGAGAAGCACACUUACAACAUGCUUCAAUGUCACCCACAUCCUGGCGAGUUUUCAGACAAAUCUAAGCCUUUACGUUACUUUUACUUCAUGGGUUUGCAACGUAAGCAAGGAGUUCCAGUCAAUGAAGGUGGACAUUUUGAUAUAAGGAUGACCGUCGAAGAAUUUAAAGUCACUGUCAACAGUUACACAUCGUGGAAGCAGGGGAUGGAAAUCCAAGUAAGCCAUGUGAAACGAAGGAGUAUACCUAGCUUUGUUUUCCCUGGUGGAUGUCGUCCGUCUCGUCCAUCUAAAGCCACAUGGGAUAGCAGGCGAAGUUUGGAAGCUAAAGCUUGCACUGCAGCUGACAAGUCAUCACCUGAAGGCAAAGGAGGGCCAGAUGGAUCAGAUGAUAGGAAGAAGAGAAAGCAUGUGGAUGAUGAUGUAGAGAAUAAUAGUACCUUGGGUGUCAAGCGCCUGGCUGCUGCUGUAUCUUCAUCAAAUGAAGCUCUUGAGGGUAGUCCUUCUGCUAUUAGGGUUCAUUCACUUUCUGCAGAAGGUGACCUUCCAAGUGCGAGUGAGUUUGGUGAAUCAGGGAGAGAGCAGGACACAGCAGCCACUAGUUUGGGCGUUUUAAUUGGAACAGGAAUAGGUUGUAAUGCACCCCCACAAAAUGCCUAUGAGAGUUUGGAGAGAUCGAGCUCCAAGGAGGCUGAGAAGUUGGCCAUUGAGGAAAUAAUGUCUGGUCCAUAUGGAAGUCAUCAAGCUUCACCUCAAGAACUCGACGAGCUUGAGGAUGAGGUUGAGUAUGGAAAGCACGGCAAGGAUUCAUUGGGGAAUGAGAAAUGCUGCAGCACAGUGGAGUCUUCUUCAACUCCUGAUAAAACAGCUGAAGCAAUAAUAACAGGAAGUGCACCUCCAAUGAUACCAUUGUUAACAUCCUGCAAUGGCGGAGCUGUUGUGCCGAAUCCUCCUAGCUGCCUUCAUGGAGGGCUGGAUGAGCUUGAGCCUGCUGAACUUGUGCCACCUUCAGUAGCUCCUGCUGUACAAAGGAAGCCGCUCAUCCGGUUGAACUUUACUUCGCUGGGUAAGACUCACUAGCAGCAAAGCAAUGGAGUACAAAGGCCUUUCCCGAAGUGUUUUGUUCUGCCAAAGUGAAUCUUGAUUCUUCCAAAUCACCUGGCUCGGCUGCCUCUCUUUUAAUGUUCAUGCACUCUUUCCUGUAAUGAGAAAGACAUGACAUCGCUGUACUCUUUAUGACAUGUUAAUAUUAUUAUCCUUGUUAAAAGAGGAGCGUUUUAUGUGUAAUAAAUCACCUUUCUCCUGAAUUUGGGAUUUCACAGGGAUCCACCUUAAUAAUAUUGAUUAUUUAUAUACCUUAGAAGUUAAAUCAGAGGCACAAUUUGAUUGAGAACUUCCAGAGGAACUUGGAAAAGAAAAAGAGCAGAACAAUGAUGUUCUUGGCCGUACACGAGCUAUGCUGAUGUAUUCAAUGAGUUUAUAAUUUAGACGAC